AUUCAAACCACGUUUUGUUUACAUUGAAUCAUAAAGUAAUACAACAAUAGAAAGAUGUCCUUCCCGCUCGUUGCUCUUGGUAACCCAUUGCUUGAUUUGCAGGUCGAUACCGAUGCCGCCUACUUGGAGAAGUACGGCUUGAAGGCCAACGAUGCCAUUCUCGUUGAAGAGAAGCACAUGCCAAUCUUCAAGGAGGUUGUUGAGAACCCAAACAAGCACAUUGUUGCCGGCGGUGCUGCUCAGAACGCUGCCAGAGGUGCACAGUACCUGUUGCCAGAGAACUCUGUUGUGUACUUUGGGUCUGUUGGUAAGGAUAAGUACUCUGAGCUUUUGCUCGAGGCCAACGCUAAGGCUGGUGUCAAGACUCUGUACCAGUUCCAGGACAAAUACGAGACAGGUAAAUGUGCCGCUUUGAUCACCGGUCACAACAGAUCCCUUGCUACUGACUUGGCUGCUGCCAACCACUUCACCCCAGAUCACUUGCAAAAGCCAGAGAACUGGGAGUACGUUGAAAAGGCAAAGUUCUUCUACAUUGGUGGAUUCCACUUAACUGUGUCUCCAGACGCCAUCUAUCUCUUGGGUCAACAUGCCGCUGAUACCAACAAGGACUUCUCCUUGAACUUGUCUGCUCCUUUCAUCCCAGAGUUCUUCAAGGAUGUGUUGGACAAGUCUAUCUCAUUUGCAAACUACGUCAUUGGUAACGAGACCGAAGCAGCUGCUUACGCCAAAUCACACGGUUUGGAAACUGAAGACUUGACCGAGAUUGCCAAGUACAUCGCCAAGGAGCCACGUGUCAACGAGAAGAAGAACAGAACUGUUAUCAUCACUCAUGGUUUGGAACCAACAAUCACUGUUACCUAUGAUGCUGCAUCAGGUAACUUUGACGUUAAGGAAAUUCCAGUCCAUGCUUUGGCUUCUGAAAACAUCAAGGACACCAACGGUGCAGGUGAUGCCUUUGCCGGUGGUUUGCUUGCUGGUUUGGUCUCUGGAGACUCUUUGGAGAAGGCUGUUGAUAAGGGCCAAUGGUUGGCUAAGCUCUCUAUUCAAGAGGUUGGUCCAUCCUUCCCAUACCCAAGACAGGCAUACUCUGCUUAGAUCUAGAGCUUGUUGUUCUUGAUUCAUCAACUGAAUCUCUCUUAUUUUCUCUUUCUCUAACGAAGCCUACGAUUACCGUUAUCCCCCU